UUUACGAAAACGGGAAAUCGUGUUGUUGUGAUUUUAGUUAAGUUUUUAUUUAAUUGUUACUGCAUUAAAAUGUCUCAACAAUUAGAAUUACUUACCGAGAGUCCAUCGCUUUGGACUACUGUAUCGUUGUUAACACCAGAAAUACAGAAGAAGGAGAUAAAACCCUUCGUUAUUCUGGCCCUCAAAGAGCUAGAAGGCAACCCGGACAGCAGAACAUCCAGUAUAAUGAACACAGACAAAUUCUCGGCCGUAAGGGAGGUGGUGAGACACUUUGCGAGGCUGCGCUCCGCUACGAAGGAGCCGUGGGGGCAAGACGAUGUGCGAACGUUUUUAGAGGGACUGAGGUUUUCACCGGAAUGCGUAUCAGAGUUCACAACACUCCUGUGCACCGACAAGAUGUACGAGAGUGUGCCGCUGCACCUGAGAGUGAAACCCGGGCUAGCUAGCUUGCAGUGGAAGAUUGAUAUCUCGUUAUGCCAAUCUUCAAUAGCAUCCGAAACUGCAUCAGCUCAGCGGACCAAACAGUUAAUGCAUAGAGACACAUACAUCAUACUUAUAUUAACUCUCACAAACGGACAAACGCUCACAUACAGACUAUCUUAUGAGAAAUUCCAUGAACUUAGGUAUACUAUAGCGAGCGCUUUGAAAAGUAUGAUCGUUUUAGAACGUAGGAAGUGUAUGAAGAGGGAAUGACAUAAGUUUUCUUGGGGGUAGACUGGUUGCUAUCUCUCUCUGUCGUUUGAAGUAUGCUGUGUGUACAUGGAGUACAAAAUGAUUAGUGGAGGUGCUGUAACGGAAAAUCUCCUAAGAAAAGCGCGCCAAAAUGCGGGUGUUCGGUAACGUUACUGUCUUUGCCCUUAUAAAUCAAAAUCAAAAGUCAUAUAUUCAAAGUAGGCUGAAAAUCAGCACUUUUCGAACGUCAAAUUUACAAAGACAGCCCCCAAAACGCCCGCCCUUCACCUAUCCUUCAUAUACGCUUUGGAUCCUUUGUAAUACCAAAAAUCGUUGACAGUUGUCACAAAGAACCCGAUUGUUAGUUCACUCGUAACUGCCAGUUUUGGUCAUGCCAACUGUAUAAAUUUGACCUAGAAGGCGUCUGGCCUACCUGCCUAAUGGCAUCUCCGCUCGUCUUUGCUUACUCCAUGUGUAUGUACCUAAUAGAGAGAUGAAGAUAGUUUUGGUACUGUCCCCUUAAAUAGGUGUUGUUGAGUUGAAGCAAUAAAAAUAGCUUGCAUAUGCUCAAGUUAUGAUAAUAUGUUAAUAAAAAUGCUUGAAUAACGUUUCACGAUGUAAUUCACAAACUUCUAUAGUUACGUAUACGUACGUACCUUAAGUCUCCGUAAACUACGUCAUAUCUACUAUUUUGUAUAGUUAUCGGCACGAAUCUUGAGCUCUGACCUUCACUUGCGCAGAAGUAAUUUAUUGGGUCCCUUUUGUGGUAUGAAGUGAGGCGCGGGGGCGGGGUAAAGCGGUGAUUGGCCCGCAGUGCAUCGCGUCAUAGCCGUCACUCGGGAUUGGUUCUUUGCUAAUAAAU